GGCAAUCGACACUUUCCAUGAGCGGUCUCAUUCUGGCCUCCCGGGCUUCUUAACAGGCUUUCUCCAACUCUUUUCCGCUGUCAGACUCUUACUGCGAUAUCUCGGCGCAAAGGCGCCAUAUAUCUUAUUAGUAUACCUCCUCGACAAACUCAUAAUCAUCAGCACUGUCGCUUCAGUCCACAACUCUCACCAUGAGUCUCGAGAGGUCGCUCCAUGGCGGCUGCAGCUGCGGCCGUAACACCUUCAUCAUCGAGAUGCCCCCCAAGGCCUCCGACACGGCCCAAGUGAUUUUCGAUGGCAACAAUUCCUUCCGCACCUCUCCCCUCGCAGCCCACCUAAGAGUACCCCUCGCCUGGUACCACUCCACAACCCACGCCUUCUUCCCUGACGAAACGCACCCCGCUAUCCGCCGCGCCUACGCGCCCUCUUCUAACUCACUCCGCCACUUCUGCGGCUUCUGCGGCUCACACCUCGCGAUGUGGAGCGAGGCGCCCAAGGGAGAGGGAGAAUAUAUCAGUCUCGCCCUCGGGUCGCUGGACGGAGGUGACCUCCACGACCUAGGCGAACUCGGUCUACUGCCACAAGAGGAGGCAGAGAAGCGACUGAGCGUACCGUCCGAGGAGCCCGUGGCAACUCGUGCAGCGCCGCGAGUAGGCGAAGGCCUCCCAUGGUUCGAGGCGAUGAUCGAGGGGAGUGCGUUGGGUCGGGUGAAGGUCCGGCGGGGGCUCGAGGAGAAGGAUGGGAGGAGGGUUGAGUGGGAGGUAGUAGAGUGGACGGAGGGCGGAGAGGAGGCGGAGGCCGAUUCCAGCGCGGGGGAGGUGGCCGCGGGCGGGAAGCGGAAACUAGAGGAUGAUCAUGCGGAUAUGGGGCAUCGUGAGGGCUGAUGGGGACUGGUGAUCUGCGAUAGCCGCGUUUCCGCACGUCCUGUCUUGGGGGUCUUGGGGAGGUGGGCAGGGCGCUGGUGUUGCGUUGUGGUGCGGUGCGUUUAGCCGGGGGCGGGCGUGGGGUCCAUGGCUGUGCUGUAGUGUGUUAUGGGAUGGCGUUUGGUGACAGGUGAUGGGGGAGCGGGCAGAUGGAGAAUUAUAGUCGAAUAGAUGGGAUUUCCACUUCGUUGGGAUGUGUAUAGUGGCCGUCCGAUGGGGCAGCUUAAUGUUCGGGGAAUCUUCGGGGGUGACUCGGGACGUGAAGUUUGGGGAAAAGAGAGUAUAUCCGUAAGGCUCCCGGAUUAUCUAUUUGGGAAGCGGGCAACAUCAGGAAGGUGUGUGUGUUUGGUUGGAAGAAGCAGAACGGUUCCAUCCUGUGUGUCGCCAACGCAUACUACUAAUAAUAUACGCUCGUAACGCUCCAAUGUAGAAUAUACAAAGUACAGGCUAUAUUACCACGGAUGAGAAAUGGUGGGUUUUCAGGCAGGUACUCGAAGCCAUCUCCACUUCUAGACGUUAUGUUGGUAUUCUGGACUCCACAGCAUAAUAUGAAAAUAUAGUAUCUACAUGCUGCGCAGCGGAGUUGAACAGCCUCCGAUUUAUUGUCAAUAUCAGACGUCAUCCCAACGAUUCCAGAAAAGCCAACAUAAUGAAUGUAUAGUACCAUACAGCGCGAG